AAAGAUAUAAUUUCGGAAAUUGUUCUUUUCAUUGAUAAGACGAAAAGAAAGAUAAUCGAGUCACAGAUUAGUAAUCUACGAGUGAGAAAUGAGUGAAACAGACAUCAAUUCUAAAUAUUAAAAUUCACCUCCAUUUUUAAAGGUAUGGCAAUGAGUCCAUUCGUUCUUUUAACUGUUCUGUUCAUGCCAACAGCAGUUUUAUGCAAGGACUUUUUCACCGCUGCUGUAUUUGAACAUCAAACAAGGGGCUCUGAUGUGGCUGUAAAAAAUUUACAGGAGGCGAUGAAUAGAAAUUUGAAGCUGUAUGCAAAAGCGGCAUCGAUAGCUUCCCAAAAUGGAGUUGACAUUCUUGUUUUCAAUGAGUAUGGAUUGAUAGAUGAUCCAGAAAAUCAAGGAGAGAUGGGACGAUACGCUGAAAAUAUCCCAGAUCCUACGAAGCAAAAGUCUAAUCCUUGUAUUGAAGAUCAUAACAAUAGAAUCAGGCUUUCGACAAUAAGCUGUUUAGCAAGAGAGAACCAUAUGUAUGUUGUUGCAAACUUGAUCGAUGUUCAAGAGUGUGAUGAGUUUUGCCAUGAAAAUGAUGUUGAAAACUGCGCAAGUGAAUGUCCUAAUGAUGGUGUUUUCAUAUACAAUACGAACGUUGCAUUCGACAGAGAAGGAAAUCUGAUAGCGAAAUAUCAUAAAAUGCACCCAUAUUUUGAAAGUGCCGACACAGCGCAACCAAAUUUCGUCACCUUUGAUACUGAAUUUGGAAAAUUUGGACUUAUUAUAUGUUUUGACUCUGUUUUUGGUGAAUCUGUGGAAUUAGCGCGUGAAUAUGGUAUAGAUACAAUGGUGUUUCCGACUUAUUGGUUUGAUAGCAUCGCAGUUCUGAAUGCAGUUGAGCUCCAACAAGCUUGGGCCUUGGCGAAUAAUGUAAAUUUUUUGGCAGCUAAUGCCCAAUACGCAGAAACGGGAUCUUUGGGUAGUGGAAUAUUUUCAAAGGACUCAGGAUAUUUGGUAUAUACAUAUGACAAUGAUGGAGAUUCUAAGCUUUUGAUGGCAAAUCUCAAAAUAAAAGAAGAUGCUGAAGUUCCCGAUAUUAGUUCAAUCAUUGUAGUCAGAGAAGAUAUUGCUUUUCUCAAAUCUGAAGAAACAGGAUCUAAUUUCCCAGCAAACUGUUUUAAGGAGUCUGUCGGUCCGGCCAAAAGCAUUAAUGACUACAGAUGCAUUAGACCUAUGACAGAAAACUUCACGAUAACUAAACUAAGCGAUCCCUCUGGAGAAAUUGAAUCUUGCAAUAACGGAUUCUGUUGCUCCUUGAAGUAUUCUACCGAUGGCUUGGAGGAUGAAAUUUAUCUAGCAACAUUCAAUGGUACCAGUAAUGUUAAAAACUUCUAUUUCUGGUGGGAAGAAACUUGUUUGUUAAUCAGGUGUGAUCCUUUCAACGGUAAAGAAUGCGUAAUGCAACCUACCACUUCCAAGACAGUGUUUAAGAGUUUAGAAAUGAGGGCGAAAUUUGAAGCUGAGAGAAUUUAUCCAACUGUAACCAAGAACUAUUAUCGGUUAGCACCAAAGGAAGAAUGGACGGUCGAAACUAUUGAGACUGAAACCAUUUUAAGAUUUCAUUCAAUCUUCGAGACACCAUUGGUAAAAGUUGCUUUAAUGGGAAGAAACUAUAAACGUGACCCACCAUUUAUACCAUUUAAUGCUCCAAGAGGAUCAGGAUUAUCUUUCUUCGCUCCUUAAUAUGAUCUAUUACAAUUGAACUAUAUUAUUUUCCUGUUGAUAAAGCGUUGAUGUACUAUUAAUAAAAUUAAUGUAACAUACA